GCAACGACAUGUCUCGACAGACUAACAAGAUUUUCUCAAUUACAUCGUCAACGUGUCUUGCACUUGCACUUGCAGUUGCAGCCGAGGGGACAUCAAGGGGACCGCCAACGCGUCUCAUCGGAGGGAUCAGUGCCGAUAUCGGUGAAUUUCCUUACCAAGCAUCUCUUAGACUGAAAGGCGGACAUUUUUGUGGGGGAUCGAUCAUCACGACAAGACACGUAUUAACGGCUGCGCACUGCAUCAUCGACUUCCUGUCAACCGGGUCUGACUUGACGGGGUUGACAGUGGUGACAGGAACUAACAGUCUGGCCCGUGGUGGGACGACUCAUGCGGUCGGUAAGUACUCGUACCAUAAAGACUACGCCGGAGGGCCUUCCAACAUGUGGCGCAACGACGUGGCUGUCUUGACGCUGGCCAAAGAAAUAGAAGUAACGACCGAACAAUCGCCCAUUUCACUGCCAGAUGAAGAUGUUCCCUGGGGUGAGACAGGUGUGGUCAGUGGCUGGGGUCUCACCGUCUACCCUGGCAAUUCUUUCCCAACAAUUCUGCAAAAAUCCAACGUGACGUUUAUCCAGCAAUCGGAGUGCAGCCGACAUCACCCCGGCAUUAUAACCUCCCAGAUCUGCGCGAUGCAGAAAUACGGUGUAGGUACCUGCAACGGCGACAGUGGGGGUCCCUUGGUGUAUGGAGACACCGUCGUGGGGAUAGUGUCCUGGGGUAGAAAUUGUGCCCUUGGUGUUCCCGAUGUCUACACGAAGGUCUAUUCUCAUCGGGAAUACAUCCGACAGAUCGUGGACAGGAUUUAGAAUCGCAAGGUGCACUUUCUCAGGCUAUUCUCGAUUGCUUUAACGAAUUAAUCUCUGGUAGGUUCGUUGGUGAGGUUUCCUAUCCCUGGCGUCGAUUUGCCGGGGUCAAGUCAUCCAUCGCGCCGGUAAUAGAGCCGAUCCGCCGGGAAAAUAGAUUCCCGUCUCCGCAACCGUUGAGCAGGUGCAACUCACCUGUAAUUGCGCCUGAGAAACCUCGUAAAAGAUAGCCGGCUAAUUUCAGCGAGGAAGAGAUUUUCCUCCCAGAAAUCCCACCGAGGAUGACGGCGUUUUAAGGUGAAGUGAAACACC